AUGGGCGAUUCAAUGCUGAAGUUCAUUGAUACACGAAGGUUAAGAAAUGGCACUAACAAAAAACUUGCCGUGAAAACAUUCCCAGGCGCAAAGGUCGAUGAUAUGAUUCAUUAUGUCAAGCCUACCCUAAAGAAACCCCCAAAGGAAGUAAUCAUUCAUGUGGGAACUAAUGACAUAUCGACUAAAUCACCAACUGAAAUCAUUAAGUCCAUCUCGGCCCUUGGAGAAGCAAUUAUGACAGAAGAUCCUGCUAUUGAUCUAACAUUCUCUGAGGUGGUGUUAAGGAACGAUGAUAAAGGAUUUGUAAAACUAGUAAAUGAUAGGCUAGACAGUUUAUGCACUAAAUAA